AUGAACAAAGUCAGCGUCGAUGAAAAUACCGCCGCAAAGUCCUCGAUAACUGCGGCGCUCGAGGAGUGCAACAACUUGCAGCGAAGAGGCAACGAGACAACGUUGGAGGCCAGCAGCAAAGCCCUAGCCAACUGUCAAGUCCUCAUUACUGCUGCUGCAGCAGACGUAACAGACGUAGCAGGCACGUCCAAGCGAUUUGUCGAGUACUCCGGGAGCGACUCGUCAGAAAACCGCAACAUCGUCGUCGCGCGGUCCCGCAAUGUCGCGCAGGAAUGUCACUCAACAGAUUCAGGAUUAUCCCGGCACUUCUGCUCCAUUGACUACGGCGUGUGCGGCCUUGAUAGCCAUCUCAAUGCUUACAUGGCCUUGAUCAUGUCCCCGCUUCUCUUUGGCCUGCCUACGCUACGUGUAGGAUGCCAUCGGCAGUGCUAA